AUGCCCAAAAUUUCUCCCUCCAACGAAAAGCAAGAUUUACUAAACAAUCAAACCACCAACGAUUCCUCAGACAUUGUCCUUCCUAAAAAGAAGGUUUUCUUUGGUGGUUGCUUUUCCAUGAGAAUUGUAAUAAUCCUCCUCAUUGUCUCCUUACUUUUUCUUUGUUCUUUAUUUAUUUGGUUGGCUUCGUUUAUUGGAUCGAGAACAGCUGUUAAUGAGUUGACCACAAAUUUGAUCAAUCAAGUUGGUAGAAAGAUAUUGGUCUUUUUGGAGAGCCAGAUUGCACCUAGUUCAGGAUUGGCAAAGAGCAUUGCGUCAGAUUUCAAGUUGGGAAUUAUUGAUAGACAGCCACCACUUUCGUAUUUGUUUGAGAAGAAUAAUAUUUAUAGACCAUCGAGUGUUGGAGUGUUUUAUCCUACUGAGAUGUAUGGUUACUUUAAUUUGACAUUCUUUACAAAAGGUUAUCCAGAAGAAACUUUUACUGUUUAUAUCAAACAUAGAGAUUCGGUUGGUAUCGAACAAUGGAAUGCGAGUGUUUCGACAGGUAGUUUACUGGAUAUUGUAGUUAAUCAGACUACUCCUAUAACUUGA